AUGACUAAUUCUCCAAUUGCAGAUCCUGAGUCUUUGUGCUACUGCGGGCACGGUCCCACCCAACAUCUCCAGCCAGCCAUUGCAGCAACGCCAUUUCCUCCUCGUGGAGGUCUCCAAAUUAAUGGUAUAUCCUGUCUCGGUUACCGGACCAUACACAAUGCCCCCAUAAGUGUCCUUAUAACAUAUUUUCGCCAGCCAUGCGCUGGAUGCAACCUUGGGUAUAGCUCCCAUAAUUCACUGGCCUCGACACCAUCAUCUGCGGCAUCCUUUUCCACUCCCUCAGGCUAUCUACCUCAACUGCCUCCAGUUCAACAAUCCCCUCUCGCAUCAUUUUCACGCCCUGCUCCACUACUUACUUCUCGCUUGCCACAGGCUAUCAUGUCAUCUUCAUCCUCUCCCCCGAAUUCAUGGCCGUCACUUCCUCAAUAUGCUCCAUCUGCAGUAGUCACACCAUACUCGCGCAAUCCACGGUUCACUACUCCCCCAGGAUCCUCUGCUUUUGGAGUUCUGCAUGCAGGAAUCCCAAUGUCAACAACCACUGGACAGAGUCACGUGCGCUCUAAUCGCAAAGUUCUUCCAUACUCUGCCACAAAACCUAAUAAACCAUUGAACGAAAAACUUAUUGAUGUUGUCCUUUUUCCUAAUGAUAUCAACUUUGCACUAGAAAAUCCUGACAGCAUCGGAGAUAUUUUUGAAGAGACUUAUUUAUGUUUUCCCCGACGAAUCCACAGUGGUGAAAGGCUUGCCAGUGAUUUAACUGGCCUUCAAGCCCUCGGCCUUGUACAUCACAUGACUCUCUCUGCCUCUUCUCGCCAAGACAAUGUUAUGCACCAACUGUAUGACACAAUUCUUCUCAUGGCUACUUCACAUCAUCUCCAAUUUCCUCCUUCUCCUGAAAGUUCCUUUGAACUUGAAGUUUCAGCUCCCAACCGGGAGCUUCGAAUAUUGUACCAACAGCUUCCUUUCCGCUUGCUCAAAAUCGGCUACCAGAUGCAGCGAGGCCAUUAUUUAUCUUAUGAUGCUUUGGAGUCCUGGCGUGAUUAUUCCUAUUCUGCCCUAUGCAAGAGAGCUUCUCGAGUCCAGCAUCCCUCAGACCCUAAUGUCAGUCUUCUUGUUCUUUGUCCAAAGCAUAGUCCUCUUAUUGGACCAAUUUGCCCCCCAUCUUUGGAACAGCAUUCCUGUUUCUCCAAUCAUGCUUUCAAGAUUCUCAUUGAUGGAGACGAUGAGGAAUUGGCUUACCAAGGCCUAGAAAAUGAUAAGGAUUUCAUCGUAGAAUGUAAAACUUUCUGCCCUCUUUCUUCUCGUCGACAUACCCAGCGUAUCCGCCAGGUUAUUGAUGACGAGGACUGUAAUGUUGGCAAUGAAGACUCAGUUAACCCCUCCUCCUCAACUUCACCUGACCAAGCAUCGACUCUAUCUGAUUGUGAAUCAAGUCCAUCUGGUAGAGAAUCAACUCCCAGGCCUUAUGACAUGUCUACUCCUUCUCAUCAAGCUUCAACUCCACCUGAAGACUCAGCUCCAGUUUUCCCCUACUCUCCUAUCUCAACAUAUUUUAACUUGUCUUCCAGGGGAUAUGAAGGUGCACUUGAUGCUUCAGGUGAAGGUGUCAUGUGGCAGGUCUUGACACAGGCCAUCACAACCUGCCUAAAGCCGGAGCUCGCCAUAGCACAGCCCAUGGACCAUGAUGGCUUUCAUGUCCUACGUAUACAUGACUUUCCUUCCCUGAGAGACCUUGACCAUGCUUUCACCUUGGGAGCAUUAUGUGCCAUGAUCCUGAUACGUGGUCAUAUCAGCCCUGAUCCUGUCUCACCCGCCUUGCUUAUAGCAGUGAUUUGUGGUGUCCAAGCACUCGUCGAUAUGCCUUGGAUUCAGAUCAUGUUUCCAGAUAGCUACAGCAAACUCGCACUGCUGCCUUCCUCCCCUCAGUCUCUAGCCACACUGUCUCCUACCCAGCAUACACAGUUAAAUACUUUGGUUCAAUCCGCCAUAGAUUCAUCGUUGUCGCACUUGGCUCUCAUCUCCAAUAACCAAUGGCCUGCUGUCGUACGGUCAUUGUAUACUGGCACUCUGUUGGGUGUUGGGCCUGACAUCCUGUCAUCUUCUCCACUCUUUCGGGCCUUUCGGGCUGGGUUUGAUGUUCCACUCAGUGCAACUGAUCAAUCCAUGAUUCAGGUACUAAAGUCUUCUGCAAAGUUUCUCGCAACUGAAUGUUAUAAUCGCCGUAUCACUAAUGGUGAACAAGUCAUUCGAUACCUUGAUUUUGUAGUUUGCGGUGACGCAGCCUUUCGCACCUUGGUCGCUCCGCUUGUUUUGCAGUUUCGAAAUGUCCUUGAAGGGUAUCUGUGUGGAACUGGACAUCCAGCUCAUCCUCUGAUAGAAGAUCUCAUCGAUGCAGAUCAACGUGCUGUAGAUGAUGCUGAUCCUGCUUAUUGA